AUGCUAUCCUCGCCAGAACUCAUUAUAUUGCACAUAGGUGCGGGAAAACACUCGCUAAAGAAUGAGUAUGAAUACAGACGGCUGAUGAAGAGAGCAAUAAAGGCAUAUGGUCACCAAGAGACCGAGAGCUCAGGCGUCUUGAAAAAAGUUUCAGAAGAUGAUCUGAUUUGGACACAGUAUGAAAGAUUAUUGAAAGCCACCGAUAUAAUUGAGAAGAGUCCGUUGACUAACACUGGUUUUGGAUCGUCUCUGAACUACGAAGGCGAGGUUGAGUGUGACGCUUGCAUACUGGUUUCGGGCUCAAAAUCGACCCAGUUUUCGCUGAGUAAUCAGAAAAGCUCACAAACUCCAAUAAGAAACUGCUACAAUCGAUAUAGAGAGCUUGUUCUGGAGAGACCUGCUGCUCUGAGGAGACUCGGGUUCACACCUCCAGUGAUGGUAGUGGAAACGGACGAUGGCGAUAAGAGCACCCAGAGAUCCCUGGUGAGUCCAAAAGCUCUCCAGAUGUAUCUUGAUUAUCGGGAGAAACUGGAAAUUGACUUUUCGAAUUUUGAAACUCGCGAUUUCGAGAUCAAUGAUACGGUGGGUGCAAUCUGUCUCACAAGGACUGGCCAUACGUUUGCUGCUUCUUCCUCGGGAGGAAACACUCUCAAAUAUCCAGGAAGAUUGGGAUGUGCUUCUAUAGUAGGUGCCUCUAUUUUUGCCUGUUCAAAUGAUGAUGUCCGCGUCUCUGUGAUGUGCUCUGGCAACGGCGAAGACAUCAUCCAGGCAGAUUUGGCUCGAUAUUGUUGCCGAUACAUCCUGGACCAUUCUCGCUCCGAUAAGAUGGUCUGUGUCCUUCUAGAGGAGGCAAUUUCUGGGGCAUUUGAAAAAGUCCAGCUUACCGCGGUCAACGGCGAGAGAAGCCCGAUCGUCUAUGCUGGCGCGGUCGGCUUCUUGCAGCGCUUAACAGACGCCGCACCUACCAGCGUGUUCUACGCAUACACUACAGAGUCGUUCGUGUUUGCAUUUUCCAGCCCAGGCUCAGGUACAUUGGACCAUCACUUUCUGACGAAUAAAAAACCAGUCGGCCACUUCCAAAGGGGAGAGAUUUUCUUGGAGUCUCCAGCAUGA